CUUCGCUAUCAAUGCGUACAGGGGCCAUAUUGUUGAUGUGUCACCUCGGGAGGAGAUCACUCACACGGACUUGACACUCACUAUUUAUCAAGGCAGUAGGUGUAUGGUAAUUUAAAUGGAUUUAACAUAAGCGUGCCAGUAGCUGAAGGAGAUCAUGGAGCCGUCGGAUCGUCAGAGCGAACUGACCCCUGCCUCUGACCCCUCCCAAAGUUCAGAGGUCAGCGUGGUUCUGGAAGAGUCAAACAGUGUUUUAAAAGAACAGGAGGAAGACACUGAGCUGGAGAGUCUUGAGCUGGAUGCUGCUUUUUCAGAUGGUGUGGACAGAGAAGAUCCGAAACCACACAUGCGCAUGGAGGUCCAGCAAGAUGAAGAACUUGAAGGACAUGCACAGGGUGAUGGGAACACAAGCUGUGACAGUGGAACAGCCUCCAUUGACGAUGUCAGGACUCCACCUGCUGUUCAAGACAGUGCUGUAGAAUCACUUCCCGCUGUCCUCGAUGGAGAACUCAAGUGUUCUAGCCUUAAAGAACCAGUGGAGGUGGUUACAGAAUCAGAAUGCCGGACUCAGAAUAAUGUUGAGGAAUCUUCUCCAUCUGUUCUUAAUGGGAUAGAUGACAUUUCAUCCACACCACUUGAUACAUUUAAUAUACCAACAGAACUUAACAGAACUCCUAUGACUCCUGCACCGGCUCCUCAGGGUGAGGAACUGCCAGAUGUUGUUUCAGUUCCCCAAAACCCGCAAUCUAACUCCAACGUGAACCCGUAUGACACGGACUGCAGCAGGAAACUGUUGUCUGAGAUCCAGCGCUCUCUGUCUCAGGAGUCUCUGCUGGAUGAGCUGGAGGAUGAGCUGUUGAACAGUCAGUCAGAUGGCAUCCGCAAGGGAAGUCCUCCCAAUGGGCUUCAGAAGGACCAGAACUCCAUGGUUUUAUUUGAGAAGUGUGUACAAUACAAGUACUCCCAACAGGAGAAAUCCAUCAAGAGAUUACUUGAUGAGAAUAAGAAACAUCAGGAGCUGAUUCUGGGCAUCUGCUCCGAGAAAGACAACAUGAGGGAUGAGCUGAAGAAGAGGAUGGAAACAGAGAAGCAGCAUAUUUGCACCAUUAAGAAAUUUGAAAGCCGGGUGGAGGAACUUAUAAAGGAGCUGAAAGACUCCAAAGACAAACAGGUUCACCAAGAUCAGGCAGCUAAGAAUGCAAUCCAGCAGAUGCAGAGGGAGAUGGCCUAUCGACUCGAACAGGCCAAUAAAAAAUGUGAGGAGGCACGGCAGGAGAAGGAGACAAUGGUGAUGAAGUAUGUUAGAGGUGAAAAGGAAGCUCUGGACCUGCGGAGGGAGAAGGAGCAGCUGGAGAAGAAGCUACGGGAGGCCACAGCGGAAGUAGAUAAACAGGCUCGGCGGGGAAAUACACUAGCUCAAGAGAAAGGACGCCUACAGCAGCUCUACGACGCAAAGGAGAAUGAAGUGACGAGACUAUCCCGUGAACUGGAGAAAGUUAAGGAAGAAAUUAAUUCUAACGUCAUCAAAGUAAAGUGGGCACAGAACAAGCUGAAGAGUGAAACAGAUGCUCACAAGGAAACAAAGGACAAACUAAGAGAAACAACUGCCAAGCUAACUCAAGCAAAGGAGGAGACUGAACAGAUUCGCAAAAACUGCCAGGACAUGAUCCGCACAUACCAGGAAUCUGAGGAGAUUAAGUCAAAUGAAUUAGAUGCAAAGCUGCGAGAGACCAAAGGAGAGCUGGAGAAGCAAAAACAAGAGCAGACAGACCAGCUAGAGAUGCACAAAGCUAAGAUUAAGGAGUUGGAGGAUCUAAAGAGGACUUUUAAAGAAGGCAUGGAUGAGCUGACCACCCUGCGGACCAAGGUUAAGUGUCUGGAGGACGAAAGGCCCCGUUGGGAAGACGAACUCGGCAAAUACAGAGAGAUCAUUAACAGACAGAAGGCUGAGAUCCAGAACCAGAGGGAAAAACUCACCGCUAUCACUAGACUAGAGGAGCAGCACCAGAGGGAUGAGCAGGAGAUUGCGUCUCUGCGGGAGGAAGUGGAGAAUCUGAACUCUCAGAUCACAGAUUUGCAGAGGGACAUUGAGGGCAGCAGGACAAGAGAGGCGGAGCUACUGGGCUUCACUGAGAAACUGACCAGUAAAAAUGCUCAGCUGCAGUCUGAGAGCAACAGCUUACAGGCCCAACUGGACAGAAUGAACAGCAGCUCCAGAGAGCUGCACAGCAAACUAGAGGAGACUGAGAGAUCCCUCUCUGAGAUGACGGACAGAUUGAAGAAAGAGGAGCAACAAAGGCAGGAGGAAGUUCUGACAUUGCAGACAGAGAGAACAACACUACAGACGGAGACCUCACAACUAAAGACACGCGUGGAGGAAUUACGAGAUGAACUGGUCACUCAGAAGAGAAAACAGGCGGCCAACAUCAAAGAUCUCACCAAGCAGCUCAUGCAGGCUCGCAAGAAGCUGGAGCAGGUGGAGAAUGGAGGAUGUGAUCGAGAGGGCAGCAGCAUGGGCAGCCGCUCCAGUUCUUCAGGCUCUUUAAACGCACGAGGCAGCAGUACGGAUGAUCGUUCACCAGAGAAUCAGUCCGGUUCCUCAGUGGUAGUGGUGGACAGCUUCCCCGAGGUGGACAAAGCUGUGCUGGUGGAGCGCAUCGUGCGGUUGCAGAAAGCACACGCUCGUAAGAACGAGAAGAUUGAAUUCAUGGAGGACCACAUUAAACAGUUGGUGGAGGAGAUCAGGAAAAAGACAAAGAUUAUCCAAAGUUACGUGCUCAGAGAAGAGUCUGGAGCUUUGUCUUCGGAAGCCUCGGAUUUUAACAAAGCCCACCUGAGCCGGAGGGGAGGUAUCAUGGCAUCAUUGUACACCUCUCACCCCGCCGACAGCGGCCUCACUCUUGACCUCUCACUGGAAAUCAACCGCAAACUCCAGGCUGUGCUAGAGGACACCCUGCUUAAAAACAUCACACUGAAGGAGAAUCUCCAAACGCUGGGUUCGGAGAUCGAACGACUAAUCAAACAGCAAAGAGUGCCGGACGACGCAGCCGGAAGGAAGUGAAGUCAGUCGAGGGGAAGGAUGUUACAAUAGCACGCGCUGUACGACAGAGCCCGUUACGAAACGAUUUACUCCAUUUGGGAUCCAAACAGCGCUCUUUUCAUGAGACAACUUAAGUCUGUUUUAUACACUGGAGUCACAGUUCAAAACAAGGACUGAACUGCGCUAAGGAUACCUGUGUGACAGAUGACUGGAAAGCAAAGAGAUUACUUUUUUCACGUCGUGCCCAACUGUCCUCUCUUCGCCGUCCCCUGCGAUGUAGCCUCCUCAUCCGUGCCUUGAUGACUCAGUUCAUCGGGUUCAGAGCAGAACUGUAGUCCAAAUCCAGCAGCGUGGUGUAUGAAGUUGGUAGAUGAAUGACUAUUCUCAUAAAUGUGACCCCACGCUCUUACGAAGAACAAAAUGUGCUGGACUAAUGGAGAUUCUGCAGCUCUUUAGAGACUCUUUCCUCUAUUCAUUGCACCGCAGGUUAAUGGCCGCUCUUCACCGCUCUCAUGCAAACGUGCCAAUUAAUGAAUGUAUUAUGUAAUGAGAAGGACCCUCGCGUCUAAUCCCACACGCUCUGACACAGGAGUGUGGGCAACAUUCCCCGUUCGAGCUGCUGCUAGGUUACUGCUACACCCGGAUAGCAUUAUCUCUCGCAAAGCACUUAGGGCGAGAAGGGCCAUGCCAAAAAACACAGCUCUUGCUUUGUCUCAUUAUGAAGUUAAAACACAUUAAUCAGAAUGAAUAACUACAUCUCAGAAAUUUUGAUACAUGUUGGGCUAGUCUUAAGGGAGCUUGCGGUUCAUUCUAUCUGGAUUAAGUUGUAAUUAAAUAUUAUUAUACUUCUGCUUUUCCCCCCUUCUACCUCUGGUUAUAUGUUUCCUGUAGAAACAACCUUACAAUUAUUUUUAUUUUCUUGUUCCAUCUUUUUUUUAUUUUGUAUUAUUAUUUGUUUUUCGUGCAUAUGACGCUCCUGUGCUGCUUUUGAAGAGUUUGUUGCUCCCCUAUAAAGACGUAGAGUGUAAAAUCCCUGCGAAAUGAAGGAGAUAUUGUAAAUAUUAAAGGGCAAAAGUGCAAUUUUAACCCCCCUCUUUGUUUGUUUGACUGAGCCGUAGUCGCCCCAGCCAGCGUCCCAUCUGAGACUCCAGCAAAAUAUCCCCUGUCCAAUUCCGUGGUGAUGUAACAUAUGGUACACAACAUCGUGCAGAGUUGAAUCCAUUCCAACCGAUGAAUUGCGAAUGCCAGAGGCAUCACUAGUUUGCUUCUCCUUCCGUCCCUUCUUGCAGGGGAGUAUGAUGAAGGAUCGCCCCGUCGGAUGCUGCUGCUGAUUUUUUCACCUUUAGAGUAGAUAACUGGCAGAUAUCAGUCGGUUUACCAACCAUUUCAGUGCCAUUCUCAGUCUUCUGGGUUUUCUCACGCUUGAGCCGCUAUUGAAAGUAAAAUCAUGCCCAUACACUGUGAUAAAGGGUUCAUAAUAACUUGCCAUACUGCAAUAUAAGCUUGUCAAGGUCAUAUCAGUUGUUUUAACACUGAGAGCAUGUGCUGUAGCUCUCAGCACUCCAAAAUCCCAAACACAUUGCAGACAUUCCGGAAAACGCUGGAUGAAGGAAAUUAUGCAAUGCUAGCCGAAAAAUAAGCAUUUACACAGAGCCCUUAAUAGCAAAAUGAAGACUCUAUAAUCUGUCGGUAAUUUAUCAGUGUGCUUUACAUUCAUCAUUUAUUUAAUGUCUCAAAAUACAAAAAAGAUCUUUUGAAGUAUGUAUGUAUGUUUGUUUGUGAAUGGUGAAUUGAAACUGAUGAGGAAAAAAAAAUGCGUCGAUUCUGUUUCUGGUCUGUAAUUUGUGCUCUGCUUGAUUGUAUAGUGAGUGAAACUGUGAUUAUAAAUUUGUAGAUAUAUUGUACAA